UCACUUUAUAUAAAGCGAGGCCUCCGGCAACACUUAGAUUACUCCAAGGAAAGCUCUUCUCCAUCAUGGACUUAAAAAUUUGGAUUUUGCUGGCGUUGGCAACUCAGUCAUUUGCAGCUGUCUUUUCAGUAGAGGAGAUUAACACUGAAAAUGAUCUGCCGACUGACGCGCGCUUUGAUGAGUUAAUUACUGAACGUUCUGAGCCCACUCCUUCCACCACGGAACAGAUCACAACCACAAACUACGCAGAUAGUCAAUCAGCGGCGUCAGCUUCUUCGCUUUUUGAUGAUCGGGUACAGGUUCUGGAGGAAAAGCUGAAGAGAGUAACGUUGCAGAUGAGCAAAGACAAAGAAAUUUUUGAAGACCGAAUCAAGGCCAUUGAGAUCAGGCUAGAUCUACGCAGAGGAAUGUGGGAAAGAAGAGCUCGACCAACAUUUCCACGAAUUUGCGGAUCCGGAAUCAUAGGAAAUUAUGAUGUUUCAAGUGAAGAAGAAAUUAUUUAUAGAAGACCCCCCACACUUAAAUCAGACUCAAAGUACUACGUGAGCACGAAUAAGUUGAUUUGGGAAGAGGCCCGCCAGUAUUGCGAAGGUAAAGGCAUGAAGCUUGCUAGCAUUGAAACUGAAGCUGAAAACAAGGCACUCUAUGAACUCAUUGGAGGAAACACCGUGAUAACAUUUUGGUCGUCUGGUACAGAUUUGGGAUCAGAGGGGACGUUUUAUUGGAAUGGUACAGGCUCAAAUGUAGAAGGUUUUACUAAUUUUGACAAAGGAGAGCCUAACAAUUUCAACGGAACCGAACAUUGUCUGGAACUUGUUGCUCACGAUAAUGCUAUUUAUUGGAAUGACAAUAAUUGCAACAUUCCAUUUCAUUUCAUUUGCGAGAUAUCGCUCUAAUUUUCAGAUGUUAUAUUUGCUUGAAAUGUUCGAAGUAGCAUGGAUGUCUUGAUAUUUCAUUAAAGGGAUUUAUAAACAUAA